AUGCUGUCGCUCGCGUUCAAGCUCCGCCCGGCCGUCCGCGCGCCUCUGCUGCGCGCCGCGGCGCUCUCCACGACCGGCGGCAAGGGCCCGUUCGCCCGCUCGCGCAAGCAGCAGCAGCACAGCGCCGCCGCGUCCGCCGAGCAAUCGGAGCUGGAGCUCACCCGCCUGGCCGUCAUCGGCGGCGGCAACAUGGCCGAGGCCAUCAUCACGGGCGUGCUCACGGAGGGGCUCAUCCCCAGCUCCAAGGUCGUGGUCUCGGACCCGAACCCGGCCAUGCGCGGCAAGUACGCCAAGCUCAACGUCGAGACGCACACGCGCAACAGCUCGGCGGUCAAGGACGCGGACGUGAUCCUCGUGGCCGUCAAGCCGCAGGUGGUCGACGACGUGCUCCGAGCGGUGAAGGCGGCCAUGGACCCGGAGGCGCUCGUGAUCUCGGUCGUGGCCGGCCAGAGCAUCAAGCAGCUGCAGAAGAUGCUGGGCCAGAACAGCCACAUCAUCCGCACCAUGCCCAACACGCCGGCCAUGAUCGGAGAGGGCACGACGGUCUGGGCGCAGUCGGCGGAGGUCACAAGCGUGCAGCACGAGCUGACCAAGCAGAUCCUCGGAUCCUUUGGCGUCGAGGUGUUUGUCGACGACGAGAACGCGCUGGACAUGGCGACGGCGCUGUCCGGAUCCGGCCCGGUUGCGCCCGUAUGCCAACACUUCAGUGAUGACGCAGCCUACUUCUUCCUCGUGGCGGAGGCAAUGAUCGACACUGGCGUGCACAUGGGCUUCUCCCGGCCAGUGGCCACGAAACUGGUGCAGCAGACGAUGCUCGGCUCCGCGCUGUAUAUGCAGUCGGAGGACGUGCACCCAGUGGAGCUGCGGAAUAACAUCACGAGUCCCGGCGGCACCACGGCCGCGGGCCUGUACCGCGCCGAGAAGAACGGUUUCCGCGCCGUGAUCGCCGACUCCAUCUGGGCCGCGUACGAGCGCUGCCUCGAGCUCGGCUCCUCCGAGCCCAUCCAGCGCCAGCGCCCGCGCUCCUAA